UGUACAACGGAAGAACUGUCAAACCGGUGUCAAAUGAACAAAAUGCAGUAUUUUGAAUGUCUUCUGUGUAUAUAAUAUAAUUUUAGAAUAUUUGGGCUAGAAAAUAUAUAAUAAGUUCGUAUCUAUGAUAAUAUUGACUGGAACACUAAUAUAGAAAUUUAGGUACAAAUUGUAAGCUUACUAUUAGUGUGCCAUAUAAAUUCAUUGCUCAAGAAUGGCUGAUGAAGAAGAUCCAAAAGAAUAUCGGUGGGAGUCUGGAUAUGAAAAGACUUGGGAGGCAAUUAAAGAAGAUGAUGAUGGUUUGGUGGAAGGAUCUAUUGCAGACAUCAUACAGAAAGCAAAAAGGCAGCGACAGGCAGCACGAGUUGGCCAUUCAAGAUUGGGAAUGAUGAGACAUUUAUAUAUUAUAAUUGAUUGUUCAGAUUCAAUGAAUAUACAGGAUCUUAAACCAACAAGACUACUUUGCACAUUAAAACUUCUUGAAAUAUUUAUUGAAGAGUUUUUUGAUCAGAACCCUAUCAGCCACUUAGGCUUAAUAGCAAUGAAAAAUAAACGAGCAGAAAAAAUAAGCGAAUUAGCUGGAAAUUCUAAAGUACAUCUUAAAGCCAUGCAAAGUUUAGGAAAAGUAAACAUUUCUGGAGAGCCUUCUUUACAAAAUGGUUUAGAAUUAGCAAUGAAGUCUUUAAAAAUGUUACCUACCCAUGCAAGUAGAGAAAUAUUGAUAAUUAUGGGAAGUUUAACCACUUGUGAUCCGAAUGAUAUCUCAAAAACAAUAGAAGAACUUAAGAAAGAAGGCAUUCGUUGCUCGGUAAUAAGUUUAGCUGCUGAAGUACAUGCAUGUCGUUUUCUCACACAGCAAACAAAUGGGGUUUAUGGUGCCAUCCUGGAUGAUUCUCAUUUCAAAGAUCAAUUGUUAGCACAUGUACUCCCCCCUCCAGCAGCCUCUGGGUUAGAAAGCUCUUUAAUCAGAAUGGGUUUUCCACAUGGAAUUCAGGGGGAUCAAGAUUCGAAGGAUCCACCUUUAACAAUGUGCUUGUGUCACAUAGACAGUCCAGAUGAUACCAGGUGUAAAUUAUCUGUUGGAGGUUAUUUUUGCCCUCAGUGUGCUAGUAAGUAUUGUGAGUUACCAGUCGAAUGCUUGGCUUGUGGCUUAACACUGGUUGCUGCUCCACAUUUAGCAAGGAGUUAUCAUCAUUUAUUUCCAGUAGCAUCAUUUAAUGAAGUUAAAUUUGAGGGACAAUCAACAAAUUGUUUUGGUUGUCAAAAAUGCUUUAUUGAAGCAGAUAAAAAUGUAUAUCAAUGUGGCCGAUGCUGCAAAAACUUUUGUGUAGAUUGCGAUAUCUUUAUCCAUGAAACUUUACAUACUUGUGUAGGAUGUGCAACUAACCCCGCCAAAGUCUCAAAUCAACCUAUUGCUUCAUUAGCAGAUACAGCUGCUGUCCGAAGUGUUCUUCCUCAAUUAUAAUUUAUAGUUUAAAUGUAUUACUACACAUAUGUUAACAUAGAAAAAUACAAACAAGUAUU